AUGAAAUUAGAGGAAGAAAAGGAUGAAAAGAAAAAAGAUCAAACGGAAAAAAAAAACAUUUCGCAGAGGAUGAAGAAAUUGUGUUCUAUCCUGAACAGUCCUAUUAUCGACAUAAACGAACUGAAGAACAUCCUAUGGGGGGGAAUCUCCGAUGAGGUGGCCUUCGACGUGCGGGAGAACUGCUGGAAGCUAGCGCUCGGGUAUUUACCCCUCAACCGAGAAGACACAGAUAAAGUAUUAAAAAAAAAAAGAGAUGAAUACGAAAAUUUGAAAAAAGAAUAUUACAAUAAGAGUAAACUGUCGGAAGAAGAAUUGAAGAUUUUACGUCAAAUUAAAGUGGACAUACCAAGAACGAAAUCCUGUUACAACAUUUUUAACCAUAAAAAAAUUCAGCAGCUGAGCGAACAUGUAUUGUUUAUAUACUCCGUUCGGCAUCCAGCCUGCGGAUACGUACAGGGAAUAAACGACCUGGUAACUCCAUUUUUAAUUGUUUUUCUAAGACCAAUCGUUUUAAAAAAGGAAAUAAAUUCGGAUGACAUAGACAAUAUAGCCGAUGAAGAAUUGAGGAACGUAGAAUCAGAUUUAUAUUUUUGUCUUUCUAAGCUACUGGAGCAGAUUCAAGAUAACUACACUUUUGGACAGCCGGGCAUUCAAAGGGCAAUUAUAAAAGUGAAAGAGAUUGUAAAACGAAUAGACAAUUCUUUGUUCAAUCAUAUUUACGAAAAUAAUAUCGAUUUCAUUCAGUUUUCCUUCCGAUGGGUGAACUGUCUUUUGUUGAGAGAAUUUCCUAUAAAUAUAUCCGUCCGAUUGUUAGACACUUACAUAAGUGAUAUCUGCGACAUCUUCACGGAUUUCCACCCGUACAUUUGCGCCGUUUUUUUAGUGCACUGGUCUAAGUACUUAAAAGAAAUGGACUUCCAGCAGAUGCUGCUCUUCAUGCAGCGCUUCCCCACGCACAACUGGAAGAUUCAGGACAUCGAGUCCAUUUUGUCCGAGGCCUUCGUUUUGAAGAACGCCUUCCAGUCCUCCCCCAAGCAUUUCUCCUAG